AUGAAUGUCUCCAACGCCAGACUGUACCGGUUUCCCACCAACAUUCUCAAACAAAUGAAGUUCAGAAGUCUGAAAAAAGAUCUUGUCUUUAACCAUGAGGUAAUCAAAACAAAUAAUCCCAACUGUGAAUCACAGUAUGCAAAAUUGCAGCAGAUGAGUAAUCAACAGGCCACAGUAAAUGAACAACCUAGUAGCCAAAUCAAUCGUAAUAAGCAGGUGCCAUUUGGCUUAUUGCUCCCUAUCUUGAUUCCCCAACUUGCCAAAGAUAAAGCAAUGCAACUUACAACAUUAUUUAACAAAUUGAAGAAAGAUGAAAUACCCAAAGAUCAUUUUGUACGGCUUAUGAAAGGGAUUGUGGGGGAUCAGAUGCUUAGAAUAGCAUUAACGAAAGUGAAACAACAAACAAAAGCCAACGCAGGUUCUUCUGGACAGCAGCACCCUGUAAGGAUGCCAACGGUUACUUCCAGUGGAACAAAAUUUAAUGAUCCCCAUGCAUUAGCACAACUGCAUCAGAGAAGUAUGAAUCCUGCUGCAGACCAUUCUCAUAAUACUUCUUCAGCUAUCCAAGUGAAGAGUGAACCGACCUAUUCAACUAUGGACAUUGGUGCUAAAAAGUCUCUGGAACAUGAUGUUCGAGUUGUGCAACCAAAUCAAUUACCAUCAUCAGGUUCUAAUGCCGUCAAUCAAGAAACUGAAAGAUCCUCAGUUCACAUACAAGGCCUUAAUAAGCAUCAACAGCAGCAUAUACAUUUCCCAUCGACAUAUGGAAGCAGUGGUGGUAACUACAACCAUUUUUCCGGGACAACUACUGGUUCGUCAUCUCUCAGACCACAACCUCAUCCUCAUGAUUCACACAUAAGGCAAAUUCCUCAUCAGAAUAUUGGUUUAAAUCACUUAGGUGUAGAACGACAAAGUUCUUUCACUGAUCCUAAGAGAAUGCCAGGUGGAUCUGCGUCGACUGGUGUAAACAAUACAGCACCACAACAAACUUCAACUUCUUGGCAACCUUCAGCAGAACAAAAUUCUGGCUUGUUUUCAUCUGUUUCAUAUGUAAAAAAGGAACCUAACGACCUUUCUAUUGAGCAGCAACAUAGGAAUCAUUUAUCUAAAUUGCAUGGGUUGCCUUCUGUUAAUUCUGGUCAAACUGAACAAGGUGCUAGCAAGGCAAAGGACAACAGCAAUUCUGUUAAAGAAGUCAAUACUGCUUCUAAUGGGGGUGUUACUAUUGAGUGUGGUUCAUCUGAGAAACUACGGCAUCUUAAGAAAGUAGGAGCACCAUUAGCUGUACCUUUUGAAACUGCCAACGGAAAGACUUCCAAUGCUGGCGUAAGAACUGAUUCCCCUGAGCUGUUUGCGGCGGAUGCAGCCACUAAGACCACACCUGUAGUAGUUCCCUUCCAAUCAGCUGGAAAAAGGCCCAAGAAGCCUGUUAAUGAAGUUACGCCUGUCGUCCAUACUAAGAAGCGAGGAAGACCACCUAAAGUAGAUAGUUCUUCCGAGACAAUACGUGAUUUGGUGGCUUAUAGCAGGGAACACUCAGGGUUGUCCUGUACAGGAGCAGGUAUCAGAGAAGGUGGUCCAAUGCAAAGGUGCCAAGGCUUACGAGAAAUCAGAGGAUCCUAUCUAUGUGCUAGAGAACAACAUACCAAUAGAUCCUCACUCAAGUGUCGGAUCUUGAGAUACUUUUUGGGAGGUUGUGGACACAGUGUCAGGAGUGCCAAGGUUCACUUCAUCAGGAUGUUCUCUGUACAAGUCGAGAUUGUCCAAUUUUUUUAUCGACGCAAGAAGGCACAGAAAGACAUGGCUGAAGCAAGGGUGCAAUUGGACAGAUGGAACUUUUAA